CGAUUGGCCGCUUCCAGGCAGUGGGCGCGGCUCUGCCGGCCGCCUGUAGCUCUCACGGCUCCGUACUAGUCUGCGCCGAGUCGCGCUCUCGCCGCUUUGUCCGGAAGUGACGUGUGACCGGAAGAAGGCACGUUUCCUGUUUUUCUCGCUGUUCUUCACCGAGCAGUACCGGGGGGUUCACGUGACCGGGAACGGGGGUGGGUAGCGCCUUGUGCACGCGCGGGUGACGCAGACCUGCAACAGUAUGGCAACUCCAGUGAGCGCGCAGUGCUCCAGUAAGACGUGGGAGCUCAGUCUCUACGAGCUACACCGCACCCCGCAGGAAGCGAUCAUGGAUGGCACUGAGAUAGCCGUGUCCCCACGCAGUCUGCACAGUGAGCUCAUGUGUCCCAUCUGUCUGGACAUGCUGAAGAACACAAUGACCACCAAAGAGUGUCUACACCGCUUCUGCUCAGACUGCAUUGUCACAGCGCUGCGCAGCGGGAACAAGGAGUGUCCCACAUGCAGGAAGAAACUGGUCUCUAAACGGUCUCUCCGGCCAGACCCAAAUUUCGAUGCUCUAAUUUCCAAGAUCUACCCCAGCAGAGAUGAGUACGAGGCACAUCAGGAUCGGGUUUUGGCAAAGCUGAGCCGGCUCCAUAACCAGCAGGCUCUGAGCAGCAGCAUCGAGGAGGGGCUUAAAAUGCAGGCCAUGAACAGGGCUCAGCGGGUACGGAAACACCAGCACGAGUCCGACAAUACCACAUUCAGCGGCGGAGAGGACAAUUGUGACAGCCGCUCGCACGUUAGCAAUCCGUCUGUGCACAGCAACCAGGAGGCAGGGCCGAGCCGCAAGAUGUCCCGGGUCUCGGAAGACUCUGGGGCAGAACCAGAUCUGUCACACGAGGGUGGGGUGAGAAGUCCGGAUCUGCAAGGAACAGGAGAGGCCGGCAGUGAGAUUGAGCUGGUGUUUAGGGCCCAUCCACUGCUGGUGGAGAAAGAUGGUUACAGUCAAACUAGGUUUGUAAAGACCACAGCAAAUGCUACAGUUGAUCAUCUCUCCAAAUAUCUGGCUCUCCGCAUUGCCCUGGAAGAGGAGGCCCAGAGGGGAGGGGCAGAGGGUGUGACGCUGGGGGAAGUCAGCGAGAAGCAGUACACCAUUUAUAUCUGUGCUGGGGCUGCAGGCGGACAGUAUACUACUCUGAACGGUUCGUUAACGCUUGAGCUUGUUAACGAGAAGUAUUGGAAGGUGAGCAAACCCCUGGAGCUGUAUUACGCUCCCACGAAGGAGCAGAAAUAGGAGGCGAACUCUCCGGCCGUUUCAGGAGACGGACUCGAAAUUUAGAGAUCUCUUGUAAAGUUAUGGAGUGAAGAAAAAUUUCUGCCAAGUGGGAGAACACCCCCGAAGACUUGUGGGGGCUCUGCUAGACCUGUGCAACAAACGCUAGUCACCAGAAUAGACCUGCGGCAAAGUCGAGGCCUAUGUAUUUUCCCCAGCACAAUGCCUUCGUAUGGACUGUUACAGCCAGUGAGGCUGUGUGUCGCUGAAACUGUACGUCAUUGCACCUGACCCACAUUAAGGAGCACAAUUCGGUGGAAGCACAGCAAUACGAUGGUCCCACUCAUUCUUCAUUACACCAUCAAGUAUCUGAGUCUACCGUACACAUCAGCUCUGCUCUUUGUCUCUGCGUCAUAUUUAAACAGCAUACCCAUGCUGAAGGCCUUUGCAGUAUGUUCAGUUAGAGCAGCGUUACAUCUGUCAUAAACUUGUAUCCCCUCCUCCCCCCCCCCCCCCCUCUCUGCGUCAUCCAGCUGGUUCCUUCGCUUUGUGUGGGAUUCAUUUAAUUUAUACAACAUAUGCUGUGUUCAGCUGGUAUUUUCCUAAGAUUGUAAAAGGUUUUUAUACUAGAA